ACUGAUGAAGAUGAAUAACCACAUUCACCUUUUCAAAGGGCAAACCACUAAUAAAUAAACCUCUGACGAUUCAAAAUUCAAAACCUCUGACGAUUCAAAAUCCUAGCUCCAUAAUCAAAAUUCAAAAUUCAAAUCAUAGUAUAAAAACUUCUUUAUAAUUUCUCAAAGCUUCAAAAUUCAAAAACCUAUUUCAAUCUCUCUCUCUACUCUCUCUCCAUUCUGGUUCAUCCAACCGACUCAUCAGUGGUCGAUUCAACCACAAUCAACAGUGUUAAACACAUCGAAACCUACGUCGAUUCUUCGGCAUCCACAAUCAAUUUCACCGUCAAUAACCGCUCAUUCACGUCCCUAUUACAAGAUCCGGUCAAUCAAAUGGAUGAAUUCAGCAUAUUAGCUAAGGAUUUCGGCUUCCGACCACAAGGAAAAUCCGCUCCGAUGAAAUCAACCAGCGGCGAUCUCCGAAGCCGGCCUACAUCAUCGUGCAGAAUCAUUAUAUUGUCCUCAACAAUAUUGAUAAAUCGAAGAGCACAAAAUCUCCAUCUCAACAGGGAAUUUAGGGCGAACGGAGAAGGCGAAACCGAGUAGGAAUUGGAGUGAUAAGAGUUCAAGAGGUUUGGAUGAGUUGAUUCCUAGAUUUGGAAGUAACAAUCUUGUGUCCAGUAUCAGUUACUUCGGGAGCUGUUGGAGCUGGUCGCCAAAGGCUUAAAUACAGGAAAAUGAUCAACAGCAGUUAGUUUAAGCGUUCGAUAUGGAGGGAUCAAGACACCACGGGAGUAGCAAGGACAUGAUUUUAUGAUAUAGCACAUGGACUGAUGCUGAAAGAAGCCAUUAAUUCUGUUAUUCUUCCGGUCAUGGAUGAUUUAAUUAAUGCGAUAUACUCUAUGGCGAAAGCUAAUGCUCACAUUCCAAUGCUUUCUCGGACUCAUGGACAACCAGCCUCACCUACAACUUUGGGAAAAGAAAUGGUAAUAUUUGCUGAGAGGUUAAACAGAGAAAGGCGAGAUAUUCCACAAGUUGAGAUAUUGGGAAAGUUUGCGGGUGCAGUUGGUAACUAUAAUGCACAUGUUGCGGCAUAUCCUGAUGUAAAUUGGCCACAUGUUGCAUAUCAGUUUGUAAAUUCUCUUGGAUUAAGCUUUAAUCCACACGUGACCCAGGUAACGAAGGCUGGUGAAAUUGGGUCAUCGACAAUGCCUCACAAAGUCAACCCCACUAACUUUGAAAACAAUGAAGGCAAUCUUGGGAUAGCUAAUGCGAUUCUAGACCAUUUAAGCAUGAAAUUACCUAUUUCACGUUGGCAGGUAGUCGAAGUUGUUAGCAGAGACUGCAUCAUUGUUGCUGAUGAUUCUCUUCCGUUUGGUAGUCCAGCAGCUGAGAGACGUGUUAAUAUCUCGAGUAUCAGGUGUCCCAAACUGGGAAAUCCGAGAAGAGACGAAAAAUUUGCUCUGUAUGCUCGUGAAGCAAGAGGAAACAAUGGUUGAAACCCACUGUUGGGUUUAUUGGGUUAAGACAGUAUUUUGUGGAGAAAACAGUGGUUAAAACCCACUGUUGGGUUAAAACUGUGGUUUGAAACCACUGUUCGGCCAAAACAGUGUUUUGUGGAGAAAACAGUGGUUGUAACCACUGUUGGUUUUAACCCAACAGUGGUUUCAACCACUGUCGGUUUUAACCCAACAGUGGUUUCAACCACUGUUGGUUUUAACCACUAUUUUCUUCAGUGUUUUGUGGAGAAAACAGUGGUUGUAACCACUGUUGGUUUUACCACUGCUGGUUUUAACCCAAUAGUGGUUUCAACCACUGUUUUCUCCACAAAACACUGUUUUGGUCAAACAGUGGUUUCAAACCAUGGUUUUAACCCAACAGCGGCAAUACGUGAGGAAGAGAGUCGAUUGGCUGAAGAACGGAAGAAAGUUAAGAAAAACGUAAACAAGAGGAUGAGCUGAAGAAGGUGAUGUAACAGGAACAUCAUCUGGAGCGUAUUAAGGAACAUUGGAAUAGUGGGUCAAAGCGGAAAGAUUCAGCAAUACCGUCUGAUUGUUGUUCAUAUUUCGAUGCACAUGCAAUCGAUGUAUAGUAGGUUGAUUGUGUCGACGUUCCUGGAUAAUCUAAAGGAUCUUCAGAAAUCGUUUCGAACAUAAAUUAGUUCUGAAAUAGUGCCAUAAAUAUUUCUGAAAGAAAAUCGAGUGAUGAAGAUUGAAUCUAUAAAACGAAAGCCAAGAUAAAUAGAUUUUGAACCAGCACCAGAUAUCGUUUCUGGAAGCAAAUCGAGAUUCGGAAUCAAUUAAAGCAAAAGCACUUUUAUCUUCUUGAAUGCAUGUUUCUACAAAGGUAUGUGACAGGACUUGAUGAAGGUAAGGCCAUGUUUCUAUACUUUGUAAAGGCGGAGAUGUCAACUCCUUGUGGCUUACCAGCCCGUACAGUUCUCACCAGUUAUUACAAAAGCAAGCAUUUUAAGGGUCGUUCACAUGACCGUUACAAUGAUCAAACAAGCCCAGAUGAAGCCAUUCUCUGUGAUGACAACAACCAAAGCAUGUACUGCCAGCUGUUAUCCGGGAUGAUCCACCGCCAGCAAGUUCUACGCCUUGGAGCCGUAUUUGCAUCAACUUUGCUACGUGCAAUCUCCUUUCUUGAACGCAACUGGGUUAGUCUAUGCAAUGAUAUCCGUACAGGCAAACUAAGCCCGGUGAUUACGGAUUCGGGUUGCCGCUUAGCCAUGUCAUCCAUCCUCAAAUCGGCUGACCCUCGUCUUGCAGAUGAGAUUGAGAAUAUUUGUAGUCGACGAUCAUGGAAAGGGAUAGUGUGUAAUCUUUGGCCUAAGGCUAAAUAUAUAGAGGCAGUGGUUACAGGAUCUAUGUCCCAGUACAUACCAGCUCUUAACUUAUUUCGAGCUAUGUUCACAAGUAAUGUUAAAAAGUCAAGCUUAUAUA